AUGCAGCUUAAAAUAGUGUUGUUACUAUUUUCCUUAAAGUUCUCAAACAUUUUAACACAAUCAACUAAAAAUCAACCUGUUGAUAGCGCGAUUGAUGAUACACCCAGUCCAGAAUGGAUUAAAUAUCAGCAGGAAAGAUUUCAGAAUAUAGAUACGUUAACGCCAACCUAUCGGGAGACUUUAAAAAGUAUUAACAAACCAAAGGAGUUAGUGGUAGCAGCCGAAAACAAUGUCCAUAGUAAAAUGGAAACAACUUCUAGGCAAGAAAGUUCUCAUCAAGAUGAAGAUGAUUCUGUUCAGCUGUCCGACUUGGAGAAUAAUGAUGCUGAGAAUAUAAAAGAGUUUGUAAAGGAUAAAAGGCCUUCAGGAAAUACUGUUGAAUUUCCUUCCAUAAAAGGUUUUAUAGAAUUUAUCAAGUCUUUAAAACAUACUUGGAUGAAAAAUUCACUUUUUCGAAUUGAUGAUAAAAUUAAAAUGCUGCAUCAGUUAAAGGAUUCUUUAUUGAAAACUAUAGAACAACAAUUUAUGAUUCUAUGGCAAGACGACCACGAUGAUGAGGAUGAUGGUGACAAUGUAGAACUACCUGAAAAUGUAAAUUCUCGAAAUAUGCACGAAAAGAAUCGUAACAGUCAUUUACGUAGUAAACGUGGUAUUUUAGAUGAAUCUAAUAUAAAUUUUCCACCAAAUGCAGCAUUAAUAAGUAUUAAUUUUUUAACAUUUGCAGUAUAUUUAAUAAAAUUAGUUUUGCAAGUGGUCAAUAUUAUAAAAACUAAACAUUAUCAAUUCUCAUCAAUGAAUAUGAAUAUGAUGGAUACGGGAGCCAUACGAUUUGGUUGA